AUGUCUCCUGUCAAGGUCAAUUUCCCCAGCAAUGGAAUUAAGGUCGUCGGCGACCUUUACUUUCCUCCCCCGGGCGCGCCUGAUCAGAAGCGCGCAGCGAUUGUCGUAAGCCAUCCCGGUGGCGGCGUCAAGGAGCAAACGGCCGGUCUUUAUGCAAGACUUCUCUCGGAGAAAGGCUUCAUCACUCUCGCUUUUGAUGCUGCAUUCCAGGGCGAAAGCGAGGGAGAGCCACGUGGGCUUGAGAACCCACAGCAACGCGCAGAGGAUGUACGAUCUGCCGUGACGUACCUGACAACUCGGGAUGAUGUGGAUCCCGAGCGGAUCGGAGCCUUGGGCAUUUGCGCAUCAGGAGCAUAUGUCCCAUUCGCGGCACAGACGGACCAGCGUAUCAAGGCGGUUGCGACAUUGAGUGCUGUUGACUUUGGCGCCUUGGUCCGCGAAGGACUGCAAAACACUGCUGGCGUUGUGUCGAAGGAGAAUCUUGUCGGUACUCUCACGGCGGCGGGCAGGCUCCGAACGGCAGAAGCAAAGGGAGAAGCACCAGUGCAUGGCCCCCUUGUUUCGGAUGACCCGAAUACCAUUCCUGAUGGAACGCCGACUCUCUUCAGAGAAGGCAGUGAAUACUAUCGAACCCCAAGGGGUCAGCAUCCCCGCGCUCCUAAUAGGAUGCUGGCUCGCAGCGUUGAUCUCCUUGCCAACUUCUCCGCGUAUACGUUUAAUGACCUGAUCUCGCCUCGUCCCCUCCUUAUGAUCGUCGGAAGCUUGGCAGAGUCAAAGUAUUUCAGCGAAUUGGCAAUUGAGCGUGCCAAGGAGCCCAAAGAGUUGUACAUCGUUGACGGAAAGACACAUGUCGAUCUGUACGAUGACGCAUCGGAGGCUCUUCCUAAGUUCGCAGACUUCUUCCAGAAGACUGUAGGUGCUUAG